AAAAAAAGCGACGCUGGUGCACGAGCGGGCAUAGUCGCGACGGAUUCUUCAACGAUCGAAAUUGCAUUCGCAGCAUAAUGUUGCUUCCAGUUGCGCGCUACGUUUUUCAUUAUCCUCUUCUUCUUUUUUCCGCGAUCGGGAUAUGCGGUAAAAUGGGAAUUGCGCUUACCUUGAACGACAAGUUGGCAUUAUAUCAGAACUGCACAAUUUUCGACAAACCCGAUAUGUACGGCGGUUUGGUGUGCGGCGACAAUGGCGUGACAUAUGCUAACAGCAUGUACUUAGAUUGUAGAAAUCAUCACAGUCGUGAGACCGUUUCCACAUUGCACUCCGGUCCGUGUUUGGGGAACGAAGAACAUUGCAACGUUAAUCUGUAUUAUGAACCGGUUUGCGGUUCGGAUCAUAAGAUUUACUCUAAUAUGCAAUCUCUACUAUGCGUUCGUCACAGGCAAUCGUCAGAUCUGACAACCGUGCCGAUGACGGACUGCCCGCAGAACGAUGAUUGCUACCGAGGCGGCACCGAACAUUACGGGGUGAAUCCGAUUUGCGCCAGUAACGGGCUCACUUAUCAAAACGCGGCGCAGCUCAAGUGCCUGCAACGAUAUAAUCCCGGAUUACAAAUUAUUCACGAUGGCGGUUGCCGCGUGGAAUUUGUUCACCAGCUUUAUGGUGCGAUGGUUUGUGAUAUGGCGAAAGCGAGAUACGAGUGGAAUCCGGUCUGCGCAUCCGAUGGAGUUACUUAUCCAAAUCCUUUCGUUUUUCUCUGCUAUCGCUCACAUCUAACAGUAAUUUCCAAUUGGGAGUGUGACACGUAUAGCCACGAAUCCUGCGUAGAAGCGCAUACAAAUACGACGAUCUUACCAAACGGCGAAUACGUGAACGACGCUUACACCGUGGACGACGAGGUUUGCGGGAACGACGGUCGCACGUAUCAGAGUAUACAUCACUUACAAUGCCAUACUCGUCACGACAAAUAUGUAUUUUUAAAGCAUCAGGGAUCGUGUUCCGGACCGGAUGACUAUCCUUGCGGUUCGGUACCGGAAGAAGAGCACAGACAACCGGUAUGCGGCACCGAUGGCAGAUCCUACGUGAGUCCGGAGGCCCUUUGGUGCGCCAAAUUACGCUCCCCGGAAAGAGAUAUUGCUUACAGGCACGACGGUCCGUGCUAACGAGGACAUUGUCAGGAAGAACAUCAAGCACAGAAGAAACUGUAUUAUCGCACGUUCGAAAUGUCAAAAGAUACUUGAACUGUAUUGAAGAAUCAGAAGCUCUUUCCAAAAUGUUAAGACUAAUUUAAAUAAGUGUAUAGGAAAAUUAAGAAUAGAUACGUAAGUAAUAUCGACGAAAUUUCAAAUUUUAUCGCUAUAUAAAAAUAAUAUUUUUAUAUUUUAUUUAUUCUUGUUAUAAAAAACUGAAAUUUUGGCUGGAGUAUAAUUUGUUAGUAAAUUGCGCAAUGAGAUUUUUUUUGACGGCAAUUUUAUGCGAUGUAUUAUACGUUAAGAAUUUAAAUGUAAUCUAUUAUAAAAAAAUGCACUAUGUAUCAUAAGCUUUAA